AUGACGCACCGUGGUAAUAUCUCGUCUUUGUCAAUAAUUUUGGGGUUAAGCGCGUGUCGAUUGACCCGGUGUAGCUCGGCUAAUAUCAUCCGAUGGAGAGUCAUCGAACAGCUGGGACUACUAGAUCAGAUCGUGUCGGCCAUACGAGUCCUUAAUGGAUUCAACAUGGCAUGCGAAAUGAUCAAAAGUGAGAUCACUAUACCGAUCAGCAUGGCAGGAACUACGCAGCAGACGAAAUUUUAUGUGACGGAAGGGGAUAUGGGAUAUAAUGCACUGCUGGGAAGACCGUGGAUUCACCUCAUAAGAGCGGUUCCCUCGACUAUGCAUCAGGUGUUGAAAUUCUCGACUCUAGAAGGUAUUAAAAUCGUCUGUGGUGAAAAGCAGGCCCCAAAAAAAAUGUUCGCGGUUGAAGAAUUUGUAAAGACCACAAAAGCGCCAGAUCGGGGUGAAAGGAAGAAUGCCAAAUAG